CUGAUGUUGAGUAUAGUGGAAGCAAGUAGUUUUAAUGCGGAAUGCUGUUUUUUAUUCAAAGGCCGAAAGAUCACUCUUGCUCGAGCAGUGAAAGAUAGAGGAGAUCAUUCUACGCAGCCUCCGAUCAUUCGCUUGAAAGAUCUGUGUUCAUUCAGCUAUGAAACUAGUAGUGAUUUAAUUUAGAAAACACUUAUACACUUACUCUGAAAUAUAAUGAUAUUAUAAUCAACCCUGGUGCACCUAAUAUAUGAAACAUAAUGUAUAAGUUGCUUGGCGGUUUAAAGGCCUAUUUCAAGCGGCAAGAAAUCACAACUGACAAUCCAAUAUUUCGGCUCCAUAACAGUUUCACAACAGCAUUGCUUCUGGCAUGUAGUCUAAUCAUAACAGGGACCCAAUAUGUUGGACAACCAAUCAGUUGCAUUGUCAAUGGCAUAUCGCCACACGUUGUCAACACAUUCUGCUGGAUAUCGAGCACGUUCACAAUGCCAGAUGCUUUCAAGAGAGAGGUUGGACGAGAAGUAGCACAUCCUGGUGUCGCAAACGAUUUCAAUGACGAAGAUGCGAAAAAGUAUUACACAUACUAUCAAUGGGUGUGCUUCGUGCUUUUUUUCCAGGCUGCCGCGUGUUAUUUACCUAAAUUUCUUUGGGAUGCAACUGAAGGUGGACUGAUGCGUACCAUAGUUAUGGGUUUAAAUAUUGGAAUCUGCCGCGAAGAAGAAAAGUGUGCUAAAAAACAGGCGCUUAUUGAAUAUGUGCUGAAGCGAGUCAGACGACACAAGUUAUACGUUUUGCGAUACUUCGGAUGCGAAGCAUUAUGCUUCGUAAAUAUUGUUGUUCAAUUAUGGUUGAUGAACAAGUUCUUCGAUGGAGAGUUUCUCUCAUACGGCCUGAGAGUUAUGCAAUUUUCAGAUCAGCCACAAGAACAACGUUUCGAUCCCAUGGUUUAUGUUUUCCCGCGAGUUACGAAAUGUAUUUUCCACAAAUAUGGUGCAUCAGGAUCUAUACAAAAACAUGACUCUCUUUGCAUAUUGCCACUCAACAUCGUGAAUGAAAAAACCUAUAUCUUCAUCUGGUUCUGGUAUAUUAUUUUAUCAAUCAUGUUAAUCGGAUUGUUGAUCUACAGAGCAAUGAUCAUAUUUAUGCCAUCAUUCCGUGUUUACCUGUUAACCACAAUCAACAGAAUGGUGCCACGAGAGGCAGCUCAGGCUAUCGCGAGCAAGACAGAUUUGGGAGAUUGGUGGAUAAUUUACAUGCUCGGGGGAAAUUUGGAUGCUCCCAUUUUCAAAGAUGUUGUAGCAGAGCUUUCGAAGCAGAUGGAACCGCCUCAUAAAAAUGGAAAACAGCGUUUAUAAAGACAUUGUUAAAAUGUUAAGCAAUAAAAUUUCUAAAGCCAUUCCAUACAAAGUGAACUGCCGUGUAUCGUGCAAAUGCAUACCUACUCACUAGAAUCUGUCUAAAAUGUUCCUCUCAAAAUUUUCUGUUUUAAUCAUAAAUAUAAAAAUAUGUUUUGUACGUUUUUACUUAGUAAUAAGAAAGAAAAAAUCACUUUUUUUAAAUAUUGAUAAUAUUAUUAAUAACAAUUAUAAAAAUGCACAUUAAA